CAGCAACGACCCAACACCAAAGAAUGACAAAGAAAAAGACACGCGCACCAAGACUCGGCAACAAUUCCACGCGCAGAGGUGCCCCAAAUACAGAAUGGCGACUGCGACCCCCCCACAGCGCGUGUCCCCGGUCAUUCCGACGGCCGCCGAGACGGCCCAGCACCCGGCCUUCCCAACGGCGAUAUGGAAUCUCGAGGCCGACCGCAAGGGCGUUGUGCCCGUGGCCGAGGGCCGCGGCGGGCCACUCAAGAUUAGCUGGGAGAUUCACGGCGACGGCCCCGUUAAAGUCAUUUUCAUCAUGGGCCUCGGCGGACUCAAGACGACGUGGCAGCGGCAGACGCUGCACUUCGGGCACGAGCGGCGCGAGCAUUACUCGGUGCUGGUGAUGGACAACCGGGGGAUGGGCGACAGCGACAAGCCGCUGAUGCGGUACAGCACGAGCGAGAUGGCGCGGGACGUGGCCGAGGUGCUGGCGCACGUGGGGUGGCUGCCCUCGUACCCUCCCACAUCAACACCACCACCAGCGCGGAACCUGCACAUCGUGGGCAUCUCGCUGGGCGGCAUGAUCGCGCAGGAGCUCGCGUGCCUGGUGGCUGAGCACGUCAGCUCGCUCAGCAUGUGCUGCACGGCAGCAGCCAUCGAGAACACGACGACGUUCGCCGAGAACAUGGCCAACCGCGCGCAGCUGCUGGUGCCCAAGUCGCUGGACCGCAGCAUCGCCGACGGCGCGCGCAACAUGUUUGGCGACGCGUGGCUGGCCGAGCCCGACAACGCGCACGUGCCGGACCCCGCGACGACGCCCAAGGUCCUGCCCCCGACAACAAUCAUCACUGCAGCAGCAGAAACAGCAGCAUCAGCGCCGGGGCCACCGGCGAAAUACCUCAAGUUCGACAGCAACGCGGAGCGCUUCGUAGCGCAGGAGCUGACGAAGCGGCAGGACCGCGCGCGGUUCGGGCGCAAGGGGUUCCUGCUGCAGCUGAUCGCGGCGGGAUGGCACCACAAGAGCGCGGAUCAGCUGCGGGAGAUUGGCGACCGCGUCGGGCGGGAGCGCAUUCUCGUGAUGCACGGGACCGAGGACCGUAUGAUCACGGUGCCGCACGGGCGGAAGCUAAUCGCGCAGCUCGAGCCGGGCACGGCGCUGUUGGUCGAGGGCAUGGGCCACGCGCCCAUCGUGGAGCGGUGGGAGUGGUACAACGGCCUGCUCGAAGACCACUUUGCUGUGGGCGAGAAGCUGGAUGGGCGGGCGUGACGUGAUGAAGGACUUGCGUGUUGAUGAUAGACGUGAUAUACAUGAACGAUAUACCUGUGUAAGAGCAGCAAAGCGGGACUGUAAACUAGAGCCUUUAUUUCCCACUUCCAUAUCCCCUGUCCAUUUUAUAGGGCCAGCAAAUAUGGCAUUUCGCUUAUAUUUUGGAUAUUACCAGGGAGUUGAACGCAU